AUAUCAGAGAUGUGUGUAGAUUGUCUGUGGCACUGAAGACACGCAAUGACGCAAACGUAAAUAAAAACAUUCUACGUUUGUCGGCAAGGUUCGUCUAUUUUACUACACAAGUGCAAGGCUUAGCGAUAUCGAUGCUUCGACGCUCUGCAAGGAUUUUGGCAAGAACUGUUAAACCAAAUGCGAGUACAACUGCAAUAAUGCAAUUUUCCACAGACGCUCUUGAAGUUAGUCACGACAAGAGCGUCAAGGAAUUCUUUAUUACUUUGGGCAAAGAAAGAGCAGUCCUGCAAUACGAUGAGGACGCUUGUGGUGUUGUCGACUUACUACAUACUGAAGUCCCAUCAAUCUUCCAAGGAAAGGGUGUUGGGAGGAUACUAGCUAAGGCUGCCUUUGAUUAUGUGCACAACAACGAACUCAAAAUGAAGCUGACAUGUGACUAUUUACAGAAGGCCAUUGACAGCUUUCCAGAAUACAAGAAAAUAGUUGUGAAUUAGCUUGGUACUUGGAAUGUGGAAUUAUACAUGUAUAUUAGAAGGUGCUGUUUUGAGUUACAGUUGUUGAUGACUUUGGGGUACUAUUUGUUUAAAAAAAAAUAUUUUUAUAUUGUAAAGUUUUAGCUAAAAAUUAUACUUUGUAUACAUUUAGAAAAUGGAAUAAAUUUUGUGCAUCGCUAUCAA